AUGAAUGGGGUAACGCCUACAAAUUGCAAUUCAUGCACAAAUGGUUGUGUUAGAAAUACAUCCUGCAAUGUUUGUGAUGAUCCUCUUUGCAGUAUCUGCUCAGGAUUCUUAGUAGGCCUAUGCACACAAUGCAUUUUAAAUGCAUCAGGGACUCCUUGCAUUUGCAAUCUUGGCUAUUAUUGAGAUUUAACUAGUAAUAAAUGCUUGCCAUGUGAUCAUAGCUGCGAAACUUGCACAUCAUCGACUUCUGGAGACUGCAUUGUUUGUGCGUCUGGAUUUUAUAUGUACUUAGAAUGAUGCGUUGAUAAGUGUCCAGAUGGGUUUAUUGAAAGUGGGUCUUUGUGUGUUGAAAACGAUCCUUUCAUCUUUUACUUGUCAUUUGAUACUCUGGUAGGAGUUGUUUUUGAUAAGCAAAGCAAAAUUCCAGCGCUAACUGGAAACAGCACAGCUUUUUACCCAAAUUAUGACGAGUUUGAUCCAAUAGCUGCUUUAUAUAGAGGUUUUUAUUUUAAUGGAGUGAGCUCAGUUAUGCAUUUACCUGUUUAUACCGGGUAUAGCAGCCCAGUUCUCAGCUUUGGCGAUUCUUUUACCUUUUCAAUAUGAGUCAACAUUGAAAAUGGUUUUGGAACUAUUGUCUCAAAACAAGAUUUGCUUUACAACCCAAUUUUCUCUCUCCAAUUAGCAGGUGGAGCUGUAAUAGUUUCAUUAAACUUUAAGACUUCUCGGCUGAAUUCCUUCUUGUAUUUGCAAAGUCUUGAAUCUUAUGAAUGAAGCCAUAUUGCAUUCAAAGCUGAAUAUUCAAAUUUGAAACAGACAAAAAUAUCACUUUAUUUAAAUGGAAAUUUAGAUCACGAAAGCAAUAUAGGAUCCGACUAUUUUGAAGAUAGCAAAACAGAUAUCACUUUUACAUUGGGAGCAGAAAAAGGCUCAUCUGGCUAUAAAAAUCAUUUUCAAGGAUUUAUUUAUGAUAUCAAGGGCUAUAAAUCAGUAAAAAGCAUAUUAGCAUUAGUGAUGCCUGCAGCCCAAUGUACAGAAAACUGUAAAGCAUGUCUUACAAAUGGAGUCUGCAUCCCUAAUUGUUUAAUUUCUCAGUAUUGGAUUGGCCCAGAAUAUAAUAAAUGCUCCAAAUGUAGCAGUGGAUGUCUUAGCUGUAGAGAUUCCAAUGAAUUUUGCAAUCUUUGUGCUAACCCAAAAUGUGUAUCCUGUUAUGAUUUUACCGUACAGUCCUGCCUUGAAUGUGCUUCUGGUGCUUCAAAUACAACGAACUGCCAAUGUGACCAUAGUCUUGCUUGAAACUCAAGCUCAGGAAUGUGUGAGACUUGCCAUCAAUGGCAAUACAAAGCGAAUGAUUCUUGCUAUGAUAUUGUCCUCCUCUUUGUGCUCAAUGUGAUAGUAAAAAAUAAAUGCACAUCGUGCGUUAACAAUGCUGUAUUAAACUCUGGAAGCUGUGCUUGCUCUCCUGGAUAUAUAGGAACAACUGAAUGCACAUAUAUUCCUUUUAAUGUCAGUCUUGUUGUUAACAAAAACAAUACCUUGGUUCUGGCCUUCAGUGAUGAUUUAAAGCAGAAUUUAAGAAACGAACAGAUUUUGAUUCAAAUUAAUAAAACAUACAAUCCCAUCAUGAUCAAUUUCUCAAGUUUCAAGCAAAGAGUAUUUAAUAUCGUGCAAGUUUGCUGGAAAGAUUUCAAAGGGAACUAUUAUUACUGUGCAUUUUUAUAAAUUCUACAAGCAUUACAUCGAUCUCUGGAGGUUUUAUCCAUGAAGAAUAUUUAUCUGGCUCUUUAUAUGAAACUUCUGAAGAGCAAGAAGUGGCUCAAAAUUCAAAAGCAAGUUUCUUCUGGGGUAAAAGCUUUGGUUGGAUCAAGUGUAGCUUUAGCAAUGCUUAAUACAAACCCUUCUGGACUAUGAACUAUGCUAAACACUAUUCAAUUUAUUUCCUACAUACCUUAUGCAAGCUACCCUAUAUCAGACAAAGUUUCAGCAUUUUUUAAGUCAAUGAACGAUUUCAAUUUUGUUCCAAAUAUGUUUUCAUUUUUUAUUGAUGAAAAUAACAAAUAUCAGCCUUAUUACCAAGCCAAAAAAUAUGGAUAUGAUAGCUAUUUGAUACAUGUAAAUAUUGGAAAUGAUAUAACUGCACUGUGCAGCAUUAUAACUGCGAUCCCUAUCGUUUUAUUUUUUUUCUAAAUGUUCUCAAAGAUUCAUUGGAAAGAAGUUUUAAAAAAAUAUUUAGAGAGUAUAAAUUUGAUACCUUUUUACGAUUUUGGAUUGUAUGCUAUCUUGAGAUUGGCUUUGCCUCUGUAAUUGGGGUUUUGAGUACAGAAGAUUAUGAAAUUUUAGGAAAUCCACUUAGAUUCAUCAACUAUCUUAUAUGCUGAAUUUUCAUUGUAAUGAUAACAUAGAUACUUAUAGUAAUUACUCCAAUAUUUCAUGCAUAUUUUUAACUGAUUUUCCCCAAAGUCAACUUACAAUAAAUGCAGUGUCAUCUUUAUGUGUAUGCUUUAUAUAGAUUGCUCUAUUUUUAAUUAUUUAUCGGUAAUAUAUUUUUUACUAUUUAA